UCUUAUCGCUAGCAGAGCAGAAUGGAUGUACUGGUUGUGAUGCUACUUUUAAAGACUUGAUAGAGGCUAGUUAUCGUCCUGAUUCAAGCUCGAAAUGGGAAAAGGCUGUAAAGUUGUGGUGUGUGGCCAGGCAGCUGUUGGAAAAACUGCCAUACUGGAACAGUUAUUGUACGGAAAUCACUCUGUAGGCUCUGAGUCCAGUGAGACCCAGGAGGAUGUGUACGUGGCCUCCGUGGAAACGGACCGCGGUGUGAAGGAACAGCUGAGGCUUUAUGACACCAAAGGCCUCCACGAUGGACAGGACCUCCCCAAACACUACUACUCGGUGGCGGACGGCUUUGUGCUCGUCUACAGCGUCGACAGCUUGGAGUCUUUCAAGAAGGUGGACGUCCUGAAGAAGGAAAUAGACAAGUCCAGAGAUAAGAAAGAGGUGACGGUGAUCGUGCUGGGGAAUAAGACGGACCUGCGGGAGCGUCGGCAGGUGGAGCAGGAGGCGGCGCAGCAGUGGGCGCGGGGCGAGAAGGUGAAGCUGUGGGAGGUGAGCGUCGCCGAGCGCAACUCGCUCAUCGAGCCCUUCACCCAGCUGACCAGCCGCCUCACGCAGCCCCAGAGCAAGUCGGCCUUCCCUCUGCCCGGACGCAAGAGCAAAGGCACGCCGUCCAACGACAUCUGAAGCUCUGACCAUUCCAGGCGCCGCCCCCCCCC